GACCGCCCAACCCCCGCCCCCACCGAGUGUCACAAAGCGCGCGCUCGCGGCGCGUCCUCCGCAAACACUUUUUACACACUUUUACGUCGGAGUCUCCGUGGAGGAAACAGUACUUUAAGACUUGAGAAUGACUACGGUGACCCCUGACCCCUACAUCUUCACUUCUGAUUGGCUGCCGUCUGACGAGCGGUUCCUCCCGCCGCUGGCCAAUGGGCUGCUGGGCUGGCGCGUGUUCAAUAACGUCAUGCACAUGGGCGGGGUCUACAACGGGCAGGGGGGACAGUGUCACCGCGCGGACAUUCCGUGUCCCCUCGCUGUCCAGCUUGUCUUGGGGGAUGCAGGUGUACACACGUACAGCCUGGACACACGUACAGGUGUGUUCUCUCAGAUCGUCCAGACAGUAAAUAUGAGUGUGUCCCUGUCCUUCUACGCCCACCGGUCCAGCUCUCACAUAUUGGUGAUGGAGGUGCUUGUGGUGCGUCAAGGAGCCGCAGAGGAGUCGCUCACCGUUGGACUGAAGAGCUCCUUCAAGCCCUGCAGUGAGGACAUAGCCUUCGAGGCUGCUGAGGAUUAUCGGGGUGGAAGGCACAUCCAGGGGAAGACCAUCAUCCCUGAGGUUCCCGGAGGCCCCUUGUGCAGCAUUCACCUCAUUUGGACACCUCUGCCUUCCUCUGUGACCCUGCUGCCUGGUCAAAGGCAGUUUCGCUGGGUGUUCGUUGCCGUGGUGGCCGACAGCGAAGAACAUGCCAAAGGAUUUUUUGACGACGCCCUGGAGCUGAUGACCAGUGGUGACCUUUUCCCCUCCCACUGCAGGGUGUGGGCGGAGCUCUGGGCAGGAUGCGGGCUGGAAGUCUCUGGCUCCCUGCCUCUGAGCCGCGCUCUCAUUGGCUGCUUGUUCUACCUCCUCGGCGCCUUCCCACCCCUGCGCAAGACCUCCUUCCGCUUCGGAGGGGUCAGUCCCGGGGGGCUUUCCAAUGGAAGGCGCGGUCAGGAUUACUGGGGACACGUGUUCUGGGACCAGGACACUUGGAUGUAUCCCGGCAUCGCUCUCUUCUACCCCCAGCUAGCGAAGGCUGUGCUGGAGUACCGAGUGCAGACUGUCGAGGGCGCCAGAGACAAUGCGAAGCAGCAGGGUUACAAGGGGCUGAAGUUCCCAUGGGAGAGCGCUGUCACCGGGAAGGAGAUGUGCCCCGAGGACAUCAUUGGCCAGCAGGAGAUCCACAUCAACGGAGACGUCGGCAUGGCCUUCCAGAACUACCUCUACCUCACACAGGACCUAUCUGUCUUCAAGGAGGGACGCGGCAGCAAGGUGGUGUGGGGCAUAGCGGAUUACUGGGUCUCCCGGGUAACCUGGAGCGAGGAGGAGCAAUGCUACCACAUUAGAGGGGUCAUACCUCCUGACGAAUACUACAGCAACGUGGACAACUCCGUCUACACAAACGCCGUGGCUAAGUGCAGCCUCCAGUUUGCCGUGGAGCUGGCAGAGCGGCUGAGCCACACCGCCCCCCCCGAGUGGCAGAGAAUUGCUGACAACCUCAAAAUACCCUUUGACUCCGAUGCGAAUUAUCACCCCGAGUUUGAUGGCUACAAAAAGGGUCAGCCUGUGAAGCAGGCCGAUGUCGUGUUGCUGGGCUACCCCCUGGGGCUGCCCAUGACUCCGCAGGUUAGGAAAAAUGAUCUGGAAGUAUAUGCAGCUGUGACGGACCCCAAAGGCCCUGCCAUGACCUGGGGCAUGUUCGCUCUGGGCUGGCUGGAGUUGGGUGAGGCGGACAAGGCCGAGGAUCAGCUCAGCAAGUGCUUCAACAACAUCCAAGGUCCUUUCCAGGUAUGGAGUGAGGAAACGGAUGGUUCUGGAACCGUCAACUUCCUCACGGGAAUGGGAGGCUUCCUGCAGGCGGUGCUCUUUGGAUACACUGGCUUCAGGGUACAGAGAAACAGUCUGGACUUCGCACCCCUGCUCCCCAAAGACAUCACUGAGCUGCGCGUCCGGGGGGUGACUUACCUCGGCAAUAAGAUGGAUUGGCUGGUGAGGGCCCAGGAUGUGUGCGUGACGCUGAGGGAGGAUGUUGCGUCGUCCACGGAUGCGGAACCACUGGAGAUCGUCAUGAAAGGUUCGGGAGCCAGAAUUCCCCUGAAACCAGGGCAGUCAGUGACCAUUCCUCGCGAACCUGGACGGAUACGAAAGCUGGAAUCCGCUUUCUCCUGCUGGCCCUUGUGAGAAGCUCACACACAUUCUCUCGUACACCUAUCCUGGACACUGAGUGGCUCCUGGCAACCACCAUUGUCUGCAGAUGCUCUAGGGGGACAGGAAGAUGAAGACUUGAUGCUGCCUGACUUUACACACGCAGAUAUUGAGAAUGUCCCUCAGAAACUACUACA